AAUGAUCAAUAUUAACAGUUUUGCUCUGUUAUUUGUUGAAACACCUUAUUAGCGGAAAUGUCAAAUAUUUUUAAUAUCUAUUUGUGUUCAUUCAUAAUUUAUGUAACGGUACAAUAUGUUACAGCAAAACCUGCUGACGAAGUUUCCUAUUUAGAAACAAAUAUUAAUAUUGAACAUGACAAUGAUCAAUGGAUUUGUGGUAAUGUCGAAUGCCCUGAGAAGACGUACGGCUGUAAAAUAGCACUACAUAGUGAUAAGGAAAAUAUGAAAGUUCUCCAUCAAAGUUUUAGCUGUUUCGAUGAAGAAAAAGUGCCAUUAUUAGGUGCUGAAGAUAUAAUUGAAAUGUCUAAACAAAAAGUAAUCAAAAUAGAACUGGAGUCCUAUGAGGGGGCAGUAUCACUUUAUAGUACUGGUUAUGGCAUGGGAGGUCAUGAAAAUGCUAGAGGUGUGGUAGCUGUAGAGGAUUUGAAUGCUCUUAAAGAAUCGGCUAAGAAAAAUAGAGAAGCUGUUAGCAAUCCACCUUAAAUUAAUUUAAUUGUAAUUAUAAUAGAAUAUGUAAAAUAUUACCUCAAUAAAUUUCAAUUUAACUGUA